GAAGCCGCCAAACUAGAAAAACACACAAAUUGUAGCGAGUGUUUACACAAAGUUAAUCACAUCAAUAAACACAUCGUUAAACACAACAUAACGGAGACAACUAAACAAACAUGGAGGGAACAUCUACCAAAGGAGGAGUCCUGAGUCUCUUGAGUGUCCUGGAGGUCCAGGCGAGGAGCCGCAGACAUGUCCCCCCGCAGAGGAGUCGCGUGAAGGAGCUGAGGGCCGAGGCUGAGGCGCUGAGGGUCCGGAGAGAGCAGCUGAAGACAGAGAUCCAGACACAUCAGAGUCUUCAGAGACUGAGGACGUCUUUGGACAAACAGAGCACACAUCACGAGGAGGAGGAGGAGGAGGAAAUGGAUGAAGACUCUGAAAACUCACAGCUACUGAAGCUGAUGGCCAGACACACACGAGUGAAAGAUCUUCUGCUCGCUCAUCACCUCAUCGGCGGGUACGACAUCGUCAAGACGCGCCACGGCAAGGGAGUGUGCGUGUCUGUGGCGACGGCCUACGAGGGCGUCUGCCUGGAGACCUACAACCUGGAGAUGGACCUGAAGCCGACGCUGAGGAUCUGUCGCCACAACGUCCCCCCGUUCGUUCCCCUGAGCGGCCUCGCCGAGCAGGGCGACAUGCAGACGGACAUUCGGGCUUUUCUGGACACACUCAGCCAACAUCUGAACGCCUUCGCUGGGCGCAAGCAGCAGCUGAAGCUUGUCAAGGAGCAGCACACGACCAUCGAAGUGAUGGAGAGCAACGCCCUGUGUUCGAUACUGGUGCUGAUGUUCACUGUGCCGAAGACGAAAACCGCCAUCCUCUGCACGCUGAACUACAGCGAACACACCUCAUGUCUCCCCGCAAGAGUCCAGUUUGAAUGUGACGUCAAGGAGAUUCUUGAGUCCACAGAGUGGAGGAAAAACUGCAGCCUGCUCAUGGAGACUCCACUGCACAAAGCUUUGAUGACCAUGAAGAAGAUGGGGAAUAUCAAUUAAUCACAAGUUAUGAAGUACAGAUAUCUAGAGAGAGUAGAUGAUUCAUUUGUGACGAUGACUUUCAGGUUCCUCUAUGGAGGUUCCAGUAUGUCUACACUGCUUCUGUCUUUCAGACUCUCUAUAAACGCCGCCACCUUCUUGUGUAACGUUUCCCUCUGGAGCCGCCGCGCCCUCUCCAGUUCCUCACGGGCUUUCCGCUGUUGCCUGGCCAGUUCUUUUUCUGAUAUCGAGUCGAUGGUUGCAAUAUUUUUCAUCUGCAUGAGCGACACGUUGCUCUGGACGUAGCCUCUGUGUCUCACUGGACUCGUGGGCUUGGUCGACGGCGGCGGCGCAGAUAUCGACCGACUCUGCUUCACCUCCUCCGAUGCAUCACGGUGAUGCUUGGAUUUCCUGGAGCACAGUCUCCUGCCGUCGGACGUGUGAACGCCUCUCACGCGUGUCUCUGUGUCCCUGUGCUCUCCGAUGUCCUUCAUGGCGAUGCUGCCUGUGGCCUUGGGCUCGCACACUUUCACCAUCACCACUCGUCUCUGCUCUUUUAUCAGCGAGUCCCGUCUCUGCCGCAGCAUUUUACAGGUGUAGCGGUACUGUUUGUCCAGCGUGCUCAGUUUCUGCUGGAGAUCCCUGUGCGCCUUUUGGUUCAACACUCUCAGCUCUCUCUGCAGAACCGCUCGCCUGUGGACUGGAUCCACCUAGUUGGAGAAAUACAUGUUUUUACGCCAUUUCCUUUGUCAUGUUACUCUUUAUAAUAAAAACCAAUGUCGUUACCUGA